GGCGCAGCGUCUCCGCCGCUGGCGCCGCGACUAAAUCAAGCUGCAUCCGAAAUCAACAGCUUGAACAGCGUGGAAAUGAGCGCAGCCGCGACCCUCGUCGAAAAUCGCCCUCGCAGGGCUGAUGUUAAAGGCUAUAGGGAGCAGCGGUCACACGAUUGCCUUUACGAUCCGCUGUUCACAGUUUCCGGGGAGUCGGACCACACACGGGCUUGCUUCAGAUCGCACACCUCCGGGCAACGACUGAAUCGGGUUCCCAAUUAUGAGUCCAUGUUCAGCAGCCUGCCGCACCACCCCAGCUACAGCCUGCGCCUGGAACCAAAAGAUCCCGUCCCCGCUUUCAUUGACCGGCGUUGGCGGGGGCAUCUGGAUCGACGGCGGGACGCUCUUCUGCAGCUGGCGCGUUUCAGCCCAGUGUAUCCGCGCCUCCGAAGUCACCCCCGGGAUAACUGCGACGUUUCGGGGGCGGAUCGGUGCAAAUUCUUUAAGCGCCCCCUGAUUCCCUUCUCCUCACAGCUCCCAGCCCAUGUGUUACUGUCACUUCCCAAAGCCAGUCCGUACUCCUCUGCUGACAGGGGCGGGGACCCUGCCCAAGGUCCUUUCCAGCGCUCACAGGGGGUGCAGACUGAUUACCGCGACAGCGAGGCACAAACAGACCCUUACAGCCCCAGCUAUGUGGUGAAGGCUGAUUCAGUGCCAGAACUUCUGACUUUGGCCACGCUAACAUGGAACCGUGGGCUUCCUGCGGGACUGGCUGAGGUGGAACUGAUAGAGAGAACCAGAGCCAGGAGGAGCUGGGAAGAAGCUCUCCCGCCCCUCAACGACUUGUCCCAGCUGGACAAGAGGAGGAGAAUGAUGGAAGAGAUGGAAAGGAAGGAGUGGGUUUAUAGGGAGGAAGAGAUACAAAAGUUGCAGGACGCACGACUGGACCUCCUCAUGAGGCUGCUCCAGCAGAGGGAGCAAAGGAAGGAGGAGACCACAGAGAAGCAGCUGAAAACCCAUCACACUGUGCUCCAGAGUGGCUUGGAUGCCCGCAUCAGCAAAAUACGGAGGUCUUAUGUUCUCUCCAUCCGGAAGCUGAUAGCCAAGAGGAAGAACGUGGAAGGGAAGCUGGAGAGGCGAGACACCGUCACUGACUACUGUAACUACGGCUCCCAGGUCUACGCACCUCUCUCCCGCUCUGGGCUGCUCCCGGAUCGUCACUCGGAGAGCAACGUGGUGAAGAGCCGAUUCCUCAGUACCUACCAAGGCUUACUGGAACUGGAAGCAGGCCUUCCUGCCUCAGCCUUACUGCCUAGUACCACUGCCCCCAAGCCAAAGGUUGCUAAGGGGUAUGUCAAGCGCUCUGACCGCUACAAGAUGGAGCUGGAUAAGACGUACCAGGAGCUGAAGGAAGUGAAAGUGCAAAAGGAGAGCAAACCCCUGAGAUUCCUCCAGAGGAUGGAGAAGCCUGCUCCUCGCCCCCCCACCCCAAGCGUAGCGGUGCCCCCAGAGGGGGAAGAAGACAAGGAGCUGGCCAUCAUCAACCUGCAGAAGCUGCUGAGGGGCAGAAGCAUCCAGAACAUGAUGUUCGAGGGCAAGAUGAAGCAUCUGGAGCUGAUCCAGGAACUUCGCAGCACUCAUGCCCUGCAGCGGGAGGAGCAGGACCUGAAGCAGGCUGACAAAGAGGCCACCCUGACCAUGCAGAGUCUGAGAGAGAUGCACCAGCAUAAGGUGUGGAUGGCUGAGGGCCUCCAGGCAGGCAUGGCAGCCGGGGUGCUGGCAGACAUGCUGGACUUCCUGUCCAAGGAGCUGGUGCGCGUGCAGGAGGAACGGCGGAUCCAUGCCCUGGCACUGCUGGCCGAGCGAAACCGCCGGCGCCGUGAGGCAGAGGAGAGCGGGAGGAGGCAGGAGGAGGAGAGGCGUCGCCGCGAGGAGGACGAGAUCUUCAGACAGGUGGUUCAGGUGCACCAGGAGACCGUGGAUCUUUACCUGGAGGACGUUAUCUUGGGAAGCAUAGAAAAGACCGCCGAUGAGCAGGCCAGAGAAGAGAUACGCAAGAUGGCCGAGGAAGUCAACGACAUCGCCUACUCCAUGGAGGAGGUACGCACCAGCCUGCAGUCUCAGGAGAUGGUGGCUGAGUUGGUGUACAGUUUCCUGAUCCCUGAAGUGCAGAAGAUCACCAUGAGGCAGAGAGUGAGGGAGAACCAGCGGAGGUAUCUUCAGGCCGCUCACCAUCUCAUCCACGGAGAGGCACAUACCUACAUCGGGCCCAGGUCCUCAUCACCUUCUCCACAGGCCGCCGCCCAAAUCGCAGCGGAGGCACUGGACCAUUCAGAGGGGACAGACACCGGAAAGCUUCCCGCUGCCCGAGACGAUCAGCAAACAGGAAGUGAGAGCAGCUGAGAUGCCCAUCAUGUCUGGUUUUUCGAAAUCAUUUAGCCAAUAAAUCCGAAAGAAGACAGAGCCUUGACUCCUCACCCCUUCCUAAAAGCAUGAGAUGCAGCAAAGCUCCGAGUCGCACGCUCAAGUGGCUGUACUGCAGAGAAGGACACCCUGUUUUCAGAACCCAAUGAUCCAGCCCAUUCAUCUCGGUGCAAUUUUCUCUACACUUUCAUCCACGGCUCUCAGGCCUAAUUAGUCAUUAGGCAAUUCAAAGAUGCGGCUCCUACAUCAGUCCCUGUGUGCUCACUUCACAGAGAGGUGGGACUCGUUUGUUAGAGAAACAUGAGGGGGAGAACCAAAUAAAAGAUUCUGAAUGG